CAAGGAGCAGGAUUGACAACCGGGGGAUGCUGACUCAGGGAGGGGCAGGGGCCGCACAGCCCUGGUGUCAGCAGCAGCAGCAUCAGGGAGUGUCCACUGUGCAGAUGGGCCUGGCUGGAGCUGAGCAAUGCUGGGGCUGCUAUAAAAGCCCUGCCUGGGCCACACGGGGACAAGCUCUCACCUGGCCACCUUCUCCUCCUCGCGGACAAGGAGCACCCUCGCAUCUCUCACCAAGAUGUCCUGCUACGACGUGUGCACGCCCAAAACCAGCGUGGCUGUGCCCCAGCCCAUCGCUGAGAGCUGCAACGAGCUGUGUGCCCGCCAGUGCCCCGACUCCUCGGCCUUGAUCCAGCCGCCCCCCGUGGUGGUCACCUUCCCCGGCCCCAUCCUCACCUCCUUCCCCCAGCAAGCCGUGGUGGGCUCCUCCGGAGCACCGGCCUUUGGCGGCUCCCUGGGGCUGGGCGGCCUCUACGGCGCCGGCGCCACCCAGGCCUCGGCUGGCCUCUGCACCUUUGGCAGAGCCUGCGCUGCUCCCGCCUACAGCCCUUGCGCCCUGCCCCGCUACAGCAAGAAGCUCUGGGACACCUGCGGGCCCUGCUAGAGCCACCACAGCCCAGCCCGAACGCGUGCGGCCGCCUCAGCCCAGCAUGGACAAGUUGAGCUCUGCACAAGCUGCCCUGGCCUCCUGCAGCCCGUGACACCCGGCCAGCCUGGAGCUUGCCCACCGUCCCUCUCCUGGUCUCUUCUGCCCUUCUUGGUACA